GUUCGCAUCAAUUUUGCAGCGCGCGUAAGGAGCGACUUUGUUUCACAGCCUAGCUAGUGUGCGCACGCUUACUAAAUAAAAUUAAUUUAUGAAAAAGAUCAAAACAUAGUGCGAGAUAAAUAAUUUAUUUAGAAGUGCAAACUGUGCUUAUUUCCUGAAAAUACUCAUAUUACUUUUAUAGUAAUCAUGUGGAACCAGGGCGGAUACGGCGACUCCAGUAGCAUGGGCGGCGGAUACACGCAGUCGCCCGGUGGGUUCGCCUCCCCCUCCGCUUCUCAGGGGGGAGAGAAAAAAGGAAGGAUGCGGCCGCAGCAGAUCGUCCCGUGCACCGUGUCCCAGCUCCUCUCCGCCCGGCAGGCCGAGGACGUCUUCCGGAUCGGCGAGGUGGAGAUCGCACAGAUCACCCUGCUGGGCGUGGUCAGGACCACAGAGAAGUCCAUCACCAACGUGCAGUACAAGGUGGACGACAUGACCGGCCCCCCGGUGGACGUCAAGCAGUGGGUGGACGUGGAGGACCCCAGUGUGGAGAGCACGGUCAUUCCCCCCGGCACGUACGUCAAGGUUUCCGGCAACCUGCGCUCCUUCCAGAGCCACAGGUCGGUGGUGGCCUUCAGCAUCAGGCCCGUUGAGGACAUGAAUGAGGUUACCUCCCACAUGCUGGAAGUGGUGCGCGCGCAUAUGUUACUCGGCAAGACCCAGGGCACGGGGGGUGGGGGGAGCCUGAACACCAGCGUGAUGCCCAUGUCCCGGCCGACAGCAGGGGGGGGGUACUCUGGUGCCAACGACAUGUCCUCCAACGGACUGAGCCCUGCACAGAACCAGGUGCUGAGCCUGAUCCGGAGCUGCCCCGACCCGCAGGGCAUCCACAUCCAGGACCUGAAGCAGAGGCUGAGCGGAAUGAGCAUCGCCCUCAUCAAGCAAGCUGUGGAGUUCCUCUGCAACGAGGGCCACGUCUUCUCCACCAUCGACGAGGAGCACUUCAGAUCCACGGACAACAACGACUAGGGACCGGACGACAACUCCCACGAUUCACCGGCUCCAGGCCACGCUGCAGUCGCCUUAAUGUGGCGAGCCAAGACCCCGGGAGAUUCUUCGCCGAUAUGCCGAAAUAUGACUUUCACAUCCUGUUAACAUCUGCCGUGUAACAUCGUGGAGUUACAGUGGCUACUGUACAGUACAUAGUCUGUUUCUAUGGCUUCGUGUGCGUCGUUUUUCAUGUUACAUUUACAUUUUGUUUUUGGACUGAAAUGUACUUCCUUUCUGAAAUACAGUACAACUGGUGACUUAACUACUUUUUUUUAUUGUUGAUUCAAAAUAAAUAAAUGUCUGGGAGGAAGAAAAGUCAAAAGGUUUAAUAGGCGAUUGCAUUUUAUUUGUGGAGAUAGAAUCGGCAAAAAAUGAGAAUAAUAAAAACUGCAAAAAGAAAUAGGCUUCACAAAGGAGACCGUAAAAAACAACCUGCUUCCAGGACACUGGCUCGUUCAACACAUUAAACAUUUUUGUAAAAUA